UUCCCUCCUUUAAAUAUUUUUCUUUGCUUGAGAGGCCAGAUGAUCUAGUUAUCUGGAAACAGAACCAAGACUAGUAGGUGCUUGACUUAUUGUUUUACUACACAACAUUUGCCAGAACAUCUAUUUUCCGGGGUGGGGGGGGGUACAGAGAAAUGCGUGCAUCUUUGUGUGGGCAGGCAGAGACACGCCCACUUGGAAAGGCAUCGUCCCUGGAAGUGGGAGGGAACAGGACCUGUGGGUGCCCUCCUCCUGGGGGCAGAAGUCAGCUAAUAGCUACCCACAGCGUGUGGGAGCACUCACCCUGCACCAAAGCCAUCAGAGACAAGCUCGGGGCCUUGCUUGCCUGUGAUGGUUCCCCCGGGAAGGCAGAGUAUAAGCUACUUGCUGAGGACUGCCGGGAGACAAGUCGGUUGAGAUGUGCUCUAUGUCCUUCUCCUCUGCGUGGGCCAGCUCCUCCUGCUGAAAACAGCUAAGUCUGCUGGAAUUCUUGGAAUCUCGGCCCCAGAGGGACCUCGCUAGGGGCAAACCGAUCUCACCUUGGGAAUUUUAUUACCCAGCGUUUGGACUGCUUGUUCCAACAGUUCUUAGGAAGUGUGAGUGUUUUUCACACCAGCAUCUCUCUGUGCUUGCUUCUGCCUACACUGAGGACGACAAGUGCUGCCCCGGCCCUGGGGUUCCCGAGCAGCCUGAGGGUUCAGAACCUCCAAAACCCAUAUGUAGACCUCCGGGGGCAUAGAAACAUUGGAAGCAGCCAGGAGGCCAAUCAGGAGAAAACCUAACAUUUUCAAUAUUCAAAAACCACUCGCGGAGGUGGUUGAUGUAGAGAACCCUGAAUUCACCGAAGAACUUUGUAAUUUCUGGACUAAUCUGUGUUGUCGUUCUGGUGUACACAAGGAGGGAUCAACACAUAUCUGGGGCCUGGAGGGAAUGUACCUGGGGGCCUCGGAGGCCAUUUUGUGUGGCUCUGACUCACCCUGACUCUCCCGUGAAGCGGAAAGGAGGAAACAUCACACCAGGUGUGGCCAGCCUUUGGCCAUUGCUGUGAAUCCCCAAGAGUUACUGCAGUCCCUUCCCAAUUACUCAUUUUUGCCUUCGCUGUGGUUCAGCCAAGACUUCUGGCUCAAGGAAAGCUGUUAAAAGACGAGACAGGAUGAGGCGGGAAGAGGAGGAAGAGGAGGGAACCAGGAUGAAGGCAAAAGGAGACCUUGAGAUGAAGGAGGAAGAGGCAAUCAGUGAGAAGGGAGAACCGGUUGGCCCUUUCGCGAGCGCCAUGCCCACCUCUCUGCCGCACAACAAGGGGUCCCGGUUUUCCGAGGUUUGGGAAUAUUUCCACCUGGCCCCUGUUCGUGCUGGCCACCACCCCAACCAAUAUGCCACCUGCCGCCUGUGUGGCAGGCAGGUGAGCCGCGGCCCGGGGGUUAACGUGGGCACCACAGCCUUGUGGAAACAUCUGAAGAGCAUGCAUAGAGAGGAGCUGGAGAAGACUGGCCAUGGUCAGGUGGGGCAGCGCAAGGACUCCAGGUCCCAGGGGCCCCAGCUCCCCAUGGGUAUCGAGGGCGAAUGGGCCCGGCUCCUGGAGCAGCUGGGGACCCUGGCUUUGUGGGCCAGCCAAAGGGAAAAGGAGGUGCUUAGGCGGGAGAGGGCAGUGGAAUGGCGGGAGAGAGCAGUGGAAAGGAGAGAGCGAGCCCUGGAGGAGGUAGAAAGGGCCAUCCUGGAGAUGAAGUGGAAGGUGAGAGCUGAGAAGGAAGCCUGUCGGAGGGAGCAAGAGCAGCCUGCAGCAGCUCAUCCUUUCCAUUUUGUUUAAAUCAGCCUGGGAGGUAUCUAUCCUGAAGACACAGACUUCAGGCUCCCAGCAAAGAGCCACUUUAGCUUAAAUAUAAAGUAUUCUGUCUUUAAGACAAAGAGUGCAUAAUAGGAGUUAAUCUCAGCAGUUCUGAAUUGACCAAAUACUUACCUACAGGGCCCCUGAAGGCUGUCCUGAUCAAAACCUCAAAACGUAUUAACUGAAGAUCGCUGUUGUUUUGCCGCCAUGGGUCUGUGAGUUUGGGUGCAGAAUGGACCAUACUGUCAGUGGUGAUGAGUGAAAAUAAUGGGAUUUAUGCCUAGCACUUGGUUCGCGGAGCUGAGGGUUCUGAUAGUUGAGGUUGGCCAGGUAGCUGGAAUGUACCUAUGUGACCAGCUCAUUCUAAGGGACUCUGCCACGAGCAGAGCUGAGGCUUCCUGGGGCUGAGGCCUUUGCACACAUACUGGUGGUGAUUUGAGAACUGGGUACAGGGCUUGUUCUGUGGGGCCCAGCUGUGGAAGCACAUAGAAGCUUGAGCCUGAGUUCUCGGGACCCAUCCGAUGUAGGUCUUUUCUGCCACUGGUGCUGUGUUGUAUCAUCUGCUUACAUUAAAGCUGUGUCACCAGCAGAAA